GUGGACGGAGUUUACUCUGACAAACAACAGGCGAAAAACCAGAGAGGACCUGCAGCACCGACGAACGGGGCCAGGGGGACAGUUUCCCGGAGAGUCGUGAGCCGACCGGACGCUGCGGAUGAAAUAACCUCGGCAGAGGUUUCCAGUGACAAAACUCGACCCGAUGUCCCGGAGAAGUGAGGAAUUUAACUCAGAGGAGCAAACACAAAGCACUAGUCCCCUACUGUAAAUGGACACAGCGAAGAUCUCGUAAAGGACACGUUUCAAACCACCCGUGUGUCCUCGCCCCGGAUAUUCCUUGACUCUAUAAAUCGCGCCGCGGAGAGCCAUAGAGAUGGAUGUGACGGCCGAUCAGCCCCGCUGGAUGCAUCACCACGCCGUGCUGAACGGACAACACCCGGACUCUCACCACCCCGGCCUGGGGCACAACUACAUGGAGCCCGCGGCGCAGCUCCUGCCUCCGGACGAGGUGGACGUUUUCUUUAAUCACCUGGACUCGCAGGGAAACCCGUACUACCACAACUCUGCCAGGGCCAGGGUGUCCUACAGCCAGGCGCACGCUCGUCUGACAGGGACUCAGGUCUGCCGGCCUCAUCUCAUCCACAGCCCGGGGAUUUCAUGGCUGGACGGGGGGAAGGCUGCCCUCUCAGCCCACCACCACAACGCCUGGGCCGUCAGCCCCUUCAGCAAGCCCAGCCUGCACCACCCCGGCUCCGCGUCUCCCGGCGGGCUCUCCGCCGUCUACCCGUGCAGCAGCAACUCCAACACGGUGUCCGCGCCGUCGUUAACGCCGCCGUCCCACUCCAGCCCCCACCUGUACACUUUCCCCCCGACGCCACCAAAGGACGUAUCGCCGGACCCGGGGGCCGCGUCUCCCUCGUCUUCCGCUACCAGAAUGGACGAGAAGGAAUCUAUCAAGUACCAAGUGUCGUUAACGGAGGGGAUGAAGAUGGAGGGAUCCAGUCCGCUGAGGAGCAGCCUGGCCUCCAUGAGCGCUCAGACGCCCUCCACCCACCAUCCCAUACCGACAUAUCCCACCUACUCUCUCCCAGCUGCACACGAGUACGGCAGCAGUCUGUUUCACCCAGGCAGCCUACUGGGAGCAUCGUCCUGCUUCAACCCCAAGAACAAAGGCAAGACACGGUCCUGCACCGAGGGCCGUGAGUGUGUAAACUGUGGUGCCACCUCUACACCUCUGUGGAGACGUGACAGCACCGGACACUACCUGUGCAACGCCUGCGGGCUGUACCACAAGAUGAACGGCCAGAACAGACCGCUCAUCAAACCCAAACGCAGGCUGUCUGCUGCCAGACGGGCAGGCACCUGUUGUGCUAACUGUCAGACGACCACCACCACACUCUGGCGGCGCAAUGCAAAUGGAGACCCAGUGUGCAACGCCUGCGGCCUCUACUAUAAACUGCAUAACGUGAACCGGCCCCUGACCAUGAAAAAGGAGGGAAUACAGACACGCAACCGGAAAAUGUCCAACAAAUCCAAAAAAAGCAAGCGGGGCAACGACAGCUAUGAGGAGUUUUCCAAAAGCCUGCACGACAAGAGCUCUCCCUUCAGCGCCACCUCUCUGGCCGGACACAUGUCCAUGGGCCACUUGCCGCCUUUCAGCCACGCUGGACACAUGCUCCCUACGCCCACCCCAAUACACCCGUCAUUCGGCCACCCGCACCACUCUAACAUGGUGACGGCCAUGGGCUGAGAUUGCGAGGAGAGGGGUCAGAAUAGAGCUACUUCAAGAACCUGAGAUGGUUUCAUGAAGGGGGAUGAGGGUCUCACUAGAGGACAAUGUGUACGCUGUUACAGACAUGCAGUUUGUGCCUCAUCUUCUUGAUUGUCUCUUGAUUGAUUAUGCCAGUGGUAUGUCAGAUAAAAAAGAUGUAUCAUGGGAGGAAAGGACCUUUUAUUGCUUAUCUAUAGGUACCUAUUUUGAUGGAGGAAGAUUCUGCUUCAUGUCAACCAGGAACACACAUGUAAACACAAAAAUGUCAUCACACCUCAUAGUUUUGUUCCAACAGUCCCCUCUGACAUCCUGACUGUGCUGCGUGGUUCAGUAUGUGCUGAACAGGUUUAUAUAACUGUGAAUAUUGUAAAUGUGUUAGACUGAAGGGGACGUCCUAGACAGAGCAAUCCCCUUCACAACAUUAAAUGAAAAUAUGCUGGAUUUUUGCUCAUGGACAAUUUUAAAAUAAAUUUUCAAAAAAGAAACAAGCAAACAAAAAGGUUUAUGAAUCCUAAUUUGACACUGUUUAUUAUAAUUAUUGUUAUUAUAAUUAUUGUUAUUAUUGUUAUUCAGAUAAUUUAUUUUCACUGCCUUUUUCUUUGACUAUAUCACCUGAAUCUUAAUAUGGAUACUUUUAUCCCAGUUAUGAAUAUAUUUUUAGCUGAAGCGCUUUCUCUGAGCUGGUCAACAUUUAUACUCGUAAGAAAUAAAGAGAUCAAGUUCAUUAUCCAAUCUGCUCCGUCUAUUCAAUAUCAGAUAUGCAAGUCUCUGAAAUGAGAAUAGACACAGAAGUUCAUUUUGAUGAUUGUGCUGCCAUACUGUGACAAAGUCCAAUUCUGAAUUUGAGAAACACAAGAGGCGAACAUAUAUCAUACAGAGACAAAUAACCUUCAUGAAGGUACUAUUGCAAGUUCACUAAACAUAAAUCAAAGCUACAGUAAUAAUUAUUUGAUUCUUUGUACUAUUAUAAUUACUAUCCUAUGUUAAUUGUAUUUGCAUCAGAUGCUCUGUAUCCUUUUCUGCGUCCUUGUUUUUCUCUGGAGCAAUAGUAACAGCGACAGUUUUUUGUGUGUGAAUCAUUUUAUCUUCAUAUGUUACUACACACCCGAUGCUAAUGUCACAAUGUGGGGACUUGUCGGGGACAUCUCUGCACCCCUCUACUAAUGAGCUGUGUUAUAUUCGUCUAACACUUCUACCAUCCUGAUAGAGUCUAAAAGCACAAGCUUGCUCU